AUCACCUUCACAAACGUCUGAAAAUGGCACGCGGAGCGAGGGAGGUCAUCGAAAUUGUCGAUGAUGAGCCUACAGCUUCGGAAUCUGGCGAGGAUCCCGAACCAGUCGCCGAGAAAAGUGCACAUAAGAGAAAGCUUGACGAAGGCUUUUCCGAAAAAGUCGAGUGGACAGAUGAUGACGACGACCUGCCGGUAAAGCCAAAAAAGCGCAGAGGGAAGCGAAAGUCGACAACAAAGAAGGAUCGGAAGGCAGGGAAGGAGGACAAAGCCGACGCCGAGGAUGACCUCGAGCUUGCCGGGAUACCAGAGUAUCUCCAGGACAGGAAGCGCCAGUUCGAUGUCAAUAGGAAGCUUCAUCAUGACGCCGCUCUCAUGCUGCCCCCGGACUACUCUGGAAUCCACUUCGAAGAAAAUGGCAGACUUGAGGAGCUUGAGGAACGCCCUAAAUUCGACGAAGCCAGCGGCGUGAAACCGUCGAGACCGUACAAGGACAUUGAACUGCGUCAAUCAGCGGGCCUCAUCCCAGCAUCCAUAGCGCAGUACCUGCGAGAUUACCAGGUUGCCGGGGUUGCGUUCCUCCAUCGGAAAUUCGUGUACCAGGAAGGCGGCAUCUUGGGGGAUGACAUGGGUCUUGGGAAAACAGUGCAAGUUGCUGCAUUCCUGACAGCGGCUUUUGGGAAGACUGGCGAUGAGCGAGAUGCGAAGCGCAUGAGACAGGUGCGCCAAUGCACUGGCCGAUGGUACCCGAGAGUCUUAGUUGUUUGCCCCGGAUCCCUGAUCAUGAAUUGGAAGAACGAGUUGAAUCGAUGGGGCUGGUGGCACGUCGAUGUCUUCCACGGCGCUAACAAAGACGACGUCCUUGGAACAGCUCGAGCCGGUCGGUUAGAGAUCAUGAUCACCACAUAUGAUACCUACAAGAACAGUCGAAGCUCCGUCAACAUGGUUCAGUGGGAUGCCGUCAUUGCCGACGAAUGCCACCGUCUCAAAGACCGAUACUCAGAAACCACAAAGGCUCUAAACGAAAUCAAUGCUCUUUGCCGCAUUGGGCUUACAGGCACAGCAAUUCAAAACAAGUACGAGGAGCUUUGGACACUGCUUGAUUGGACAAAUCCCGGCCAUUUCGGAACCAUCGCAGAGUGGUCGCAAACUGUUACGAAGCCAUUGACAGUUGGACAGUCCCACGACGCAACAGGUGCCCAGUUGAGCCUUGCCAGGCAGACAGCCAAAAAGCUUGUCGAGAAUCUCUUGCCCAAAUACUUUCUUCGACGAAUGAAGACGCUCAUCGCGCAUCAAUUGCCCAAGAAGGUCGACAGAGUAGUCUUUUGCCCGCUCACUGAUCUCCAACGUGAUGCAUACGAGAACUUCCUCGCCAGUUAUGAAGUCGGGGUCAUUCGCUCUAUUUCCGAACCAUGCUGCGAGGGAAAGAAAAGAGGAUGGUGCUGCGGUGCCCUGCUUCCUAAUGGGAACAGAUGGCAAAACGCCGUGUUUCCUAGCAUGAUGGUGUUGCAGAAGCUGGCGAAUCACCUUACUCUCCUGGUACCUCAGACAACCGAUAUGGAAGACAAGCAUAGUUCAGAGCUCCAAACACUGCGGACAUGUAUGCCUGAUACAUGUAAGGUACUCUACGAGAACCGGGAUCUAAUCAAAAAUCUGGUCAAUCCAGAGUUCUGUGGUAAAUGGAAAGUUCUGAAGAGGCUCCUCAAAUUCUGGCACAGCAAUGGAGACAAGGUGCUGGUUUUCUCGCACAGCGUGCGACUACUCCGAAUUCUCCAACACCUCUUCACCAAUACGAGCUAUACAGUGAGUUACCUGGAUGGAUCCCUGAGCUACGACCAACGUCAGGAAGUUGUUGAUACGUUCAACUCCGACCCGACGCAAUUCGUUUUCCUCAUCUCGACGAAAGCCGGUGGCGUUGGACUCAAUAUCACGUCUGCAAAUAAGGUCGUGAUUAUGGAUCCACAUUGGAAUCCUGCAUACGAUCUGCAGGCACAAGACCGAGCAUACCGGAUUGGCCAGACCCGAGAUGUUGAAGUCUUUCGACUAAUUUCAUUGGGAACCGUGGAGGAAAUUGUCUACGCCCGUCAGAUCUACAAGCAACAGCAAGCAAACAUUGGCUACACAGCUUCAUCUGAAAGGCGAUAUUUCAAAGGUGUCCAGCAGGACACAGACAGAAAGGGUGAGAUUUUCGGACUCGGCAAUAUCUUUACCUAUCACAAUGACAACGGUCUGCUCCAAGACAUCGUCAACAAGACCAAUAUUGCUGAAGCAAAAGCUGGAGUGAAUCUUGUGAAUGUCAACAUGGAGACGGCUGCCAACGAUGAGGAGGCUGUUGGGAUGGUAAAGCAAGAAGAAGGAAACGGCGAGGAUGGAGGAAUGGGCCAGCUGGCGGCACUAUUGACAGCUGAGAAUCAAAAGCAGAUGUUGGAGUCUAAAAAGACCAAACCCCCCAAAAGCGAUGCCAUCCAAGCUAUUCUGACCUCUGCGGGUGUUGAAUACACUCACGACAAUUCGGAGGUUGUGGGGUCCUCAAAGGUCGAAGAGCAGCUCUCACGGCGUGCGGCAAUGACCUCCUACUCGGAAGGGGACGUUGAGGGACAAAAUGCUCUCUUUGCAAACAGUCAGGAAGCAGCGGGAGGAGACAGACUGCACAGCAGCUACAAUCCCCCAGACGGAGUCAGGGUCCGCCAGUUCUGUGAAAUGGCGCGAGAGUUUGGGUUUGUGAACGCAACGGAGUUUGCGCUCGUGGUGGAGAAUUGGACACAAGAGGCAAGGAGAAACUGCUUGGACGCAUUUUACAGCAGAAGAGAGGCGAAGCUGAUCAGUGAGGCUCUCGUCAAGGAGGAUGACCAAGCGGAUGUCAAGGGCAAGGUAGAAGUUACGGCCAAAGAUGAGAUCGAAGAGAAGGGCUUCAAACAAGAAUCAUAUUUCAAGGAAGAAAAGGUCAAAGUCGAGGACACGAAGACCGUAUCGUCUAUGAAGAUGAAAGCUGCGGAUGUCAAGGAGUUCAACGACAAAAAGAUGGUUAAGAUUGAAGGGUCAAGUAAGAGGGCUUCAAUUUUCCUGUCUGAUGAUGACGAUGACGAUGAGCUUUGACGGAGCACGGCGGCGUUACUGGAUGAUACCCCGGACUUGACAUGAUUUAAGUAAAACGUUAACGAAAACAUGCUACAUUUAGGAUGCUUGAAUGGCAACUCAUCCCUCCAGCGUGUAAGUCGGUAGUGGAAUGGCGUUACGAUAGUUGACACUUGCACUGGCUCUCGUCGACUCCUUCGGGACCACGAAGUUCACUUCGUCAACGUUCCGAAAAUGUGAGGAAGUACCUGGUAAGCCGGCUCGUCUGGGGGCUGCGCUAGAUCAAUCUUCUCCCAAGGCCCAGCAUUUCUUAGGGAUUUGCCGGUGGCUCGACAGAUCCGGCAUGAGCCCAUCACAUUCGACCAGACAAGGCUGGUGAACCCUGUUUCACCGAAUUGAUCAGCUUCCUGGUGACGGAGAUAAGACGAAAUGGAUAGCAACUGUACUCACACUGAUACAUCCAGAGAAGGAC